AUGCCCGACCUCGCGGUCGACUCUGUGCCAUCAUAUGUGUGUUCGCUGCAUGCUCGUGUCGGGCGUGCGCCCCAAACGUCAGCACACCGUAGAGGUCUGUCCUUCGGCGUCCGGCAGGUGGUGCUGUCUGAGCAGCCCGUGUUGGAGGCGGCCCUGAGUUCGGACCGUUGUGCCCCCCACUUGGACAAGUUGGCGACAGCGAGCCAGGUGGAUACCGCGUCGCCCUUGUUCCCGGCGACCGUGUUCACACAGGAGUUCGGCAUACUUGAUGCAGCGGAGGCAGCAGGCGAAGCGGUGCGCUUGGAGCUGGAGAGCAUGCAGUACCAGGUGGACGAGGCCUCCCCGAUCCUGGAGAGUGUGAGGAAGGUGUCCGAGGUCAUCGAGGAGUUGGGGCUCUUCCCGGGCUUGCCCAGGGGCAGCGCCGAGAAGUUGUUGCUGGUCAGCAGAGUCAACGCGUACGGCGGGGAAGGCAAGCAGGUGUUGUUGGCGCGCGGGCGCUUGAUAGCGCACUCUUGCCGGCCCAAUUGCGUUUUCGUAUCAAGUUGCCUGUGGCAAGUCUUGCUAACGUUAUGA